AUGUCGUCAACAGCUCCGCGGCCAGAUCCCUUUCGCCCCGCAAAGCGAGUAGCGGGGCAACGACAAGAUGUCUGGUCUAUUGUCAAUGAAGCAGCAGCUGCCUCGCCCGUUCAGCCGAUCGUCAACAUGGGCCAGGGGUUUUUUGGUUACAACCCCCCGAAGUUUGCGAUUGAUGCUGCGAAGGAGGCGCUUGACCGGGUGGAAUGCAAUCAAUACUCUCCGACCAAGGGUCGCCCUCGUCUCAAGCAAGCCCUUGCCGAUGCCUAUUCACCUUUCUUUGGUCGGACCUUGAACCCUGAGACCGAAGUAUCGAUCACAACUGGAGCCAACGAGGGAAUGUUGAGCGCCUUCAUGGGCUUUAUUGAAGCCGGUGAUGAGGUCAUUGUUUUUGAACCAUUCUUCGACCAGUACAUUAGCAAUAUUGAGAUGCCCGGUGGCGUUAUUCGCUAUGUCCCACUCCAUCCUCCCAAGGAUGGUGCUACCAGAACAUCCCCAGCCUCUGAAUGGACCAUCGAUUUCGAGGAGCUUGAAAGCGCCAUGAACCCCAAGACUAAGAUGAUUGUUCUCAACUCACCUCACAACCCUGUUGGCAAGGUGUUCUCUCGAGAGGAGCUUGAGCGCAUCGGUGCUCUCUGCGUGAAGCACAACCUGAUUAUCCUCUCUGAUGAAGUCUACGAUCGCCUCUUCUAUGUCCCCUUCACCAGAAUUGCAACUCUCUCACCUGAGCUAUAUGAACGCACCUUAACCGUGGGCUCUGCCGGCAAAGCAUUCUAUGCUACAGGCUGGCGUGUAGGCUAUCUCAUUGGACCAGAGCAUUUGAUCAAGUAUGUGGCUGGUGCGCACACCCGUAUCUGCUACAGCAGUGUCUCCCCUCUCCAGGAGGCCGCUGCUGUCGCUUUUGAGCAGGCCGAUAAGGUGGGAUUCUGGGAUGAGAGUCGAAAAGAUAUGAAACAGAAAAUGGAACGCUUCUGUCAAGUCUUUGACGAGUUGGGCAUUCCAUACUCGGAUCCGGAAGGCGGAUACUUUGUCUUGGCAAAUAUGUCUUCUGUCAAACUCCCCGCUGAUUAUCCAUUCCCACCGCAUGUUGCCAGCCGUCCCCGUGAUUUCAAACUUUGUUGGUUCUUGAUUCACGAGGUUGGUGUUGCCGCGAUCCCACCUACGGAGUUCUACACUGAUGCCAAUACACACAUCGCUGAGGACUACCUCCGCUUUGCGGUCUGCAAGAAUGAUGAUGUUCUUGAGAGUGCAAAGGAAAGACUUCGUGGCCUGAAGAAGUACAUUCAGUGA